UUCAAAAGUUAUAAAUCUUUGUAAAAAAAAUUGUUGUUUCGGUAAAACUCUAUGUAAAACUUGAGGAUAAUUUUCAAAAAAAUAAGGAGAAAAGUAUAUGGACGUGAUUAUUAUUUGUUAGUAAACGCUUUAGCAUUCCAAUCCUCCCAUAUCCACUGAAUUGGAGUAAAUGCGGGUUUUUGUAAUAUUUUCCUGAUGCUAAAUUGCGACAAAAAUGUACAUCCGCACUUGUGUUUUGAUUUAAUGUAAGAUGUAAGUUUGCAUAGUGUUACAGUGCAGGCACUGAUAAUGGCACUGAAAUCAGAGACGACCUGUGUAGACGACAGACUUGGUUUAAGAGUAGAAGGUGAUCUCGGGGAUUUUCAAAUCGUCGAAGAAAAGAGUGAUAGUGAAGAUGAUGACAAGACAUACAGUAGUUCAAGGACAGUCGACACUCUUGAUACCAUUCCAUCGAGUCUGGUGAGACCCAGCAAUUCUCCUAUUUGUGGUAAUGUGGCUGUAACAAAUUCUGAAAACAUUGUGAUAGGAAACAACACUUAUUUCAAUGGUCCAGUAGUAAUCAAGCAAGUAAUCCAAAACGCUUCCGGACUGGAGAAUCCUUCGUAUGUGAAAUCGGAAAAUGAGGAUACUGUGCCAGAACAAAAAUAUCAAGAGCAUUCAAAAAAUGAUAAAGCUGUCAGACAGUUUCACUUAAGGAAAUGGCAUAAAAUUACUUUUUCAGCAGUAUGUAUAGUAAUACUAGGUGGAAUUUUUGCAAUAUUGUCAGUAAUACUUACCAACUCCAGUCAAGAUGAUAGUUCGUCGGGAACCGAUGAGAACUCAUCUAGCAAUAGUGACAACACAAAGGUGGUGGGAUUGUUCUAUGAAAACUUAAACUUAAUUAUAGUUGCAAUUAUAUUGACGCCUUUAACAUUCCUGUUGAUGUUUUAUACAUUACUAACAUUGGAUGGCUCUGGUGAUAACAAUGUGGUUGCGGAUACCGCGAAGAGUAGAAAAAAGAGAGACUAUGACGUCAUACUUGAUGAUAACGAUCCAUACGCACAAAAAGGUAACUCAUUAUUGAUAGCACCGGAUCAUUUGAGGAUAGUGUCUAGAACAGAAUGGCUAGCUCAGCCUGUAGAAGACCCAUUAGAUAAAAUCCGACAGCCCGUACCCUGGGUCAUCAUAUCACAUACUGCAACAGAAAGUUGCAAAACACAGAGUGAAUGCGUUUACCGCGUGCGUCUCAUACAAAUGUUCCACGUCGAGUCAAGAAAGUGGUCGGAUAUUGGGUACAACUUUCUCGUUGCGGGCGACGGCUCCGCGUACUUUGGUCGCGGUUGGGACUACAUAGGCGCUCAUACACUGGGCUAUAACAAAUAUAGCAUUGGGAUCAGUUUCAUUGGCACGUUCAAUAAUGAUCCCCCACCUAAGAAGCAAAUUGAUGCUUGUUUAAAGCUGCUCAAAAGAGGAGUGGACACUGGAAAACUCGCAAAGGAUUAUAAACUGUUCGCUCACCGUCAAUUAGCGUCCACUCUAAGCCCCGGCGACAAACUGUACGAUAUCAUAAAAGAGUGGCCGCACUUUGUUAGUAAUUUUUCAGACCCCUCGGAAUUACUGCCGAAUUAUACUUGAAUAUUUAAUGAAUCUUUUUAAUGUGAGAUACACAUUGUACAUUCACAUAAUUGUAGAUAUGGAUAUGGUUUAUUUUGAAAUAAGUAUCAAAUUGUUAUAAGUCUGUACCUAUGAGAUAGGUUUUCUUGCUAUUGCGAAUGUUUUAAUGUUAAGCGAAAUUCGAAUAAUUUUUCAUUAGCUAAGCUAUAAUAUUUAUCAAAAACCUUAUCCUCACUGACAUUUAUUUGGGGUAUUAUUUGACGUUAUUCUAUUUCCCAUCCUGACUGGAAGACUGUGUUCUUCAUAUUCACUGAUUUUUGUGAUUACGCGUUAUGUAUGACUAUCGCUGUUAAUUUAGACACUUUGAAUUGCUGAGCUGUUUACGACGUUGUUAGUAAACGUUGUAUUUUUUAUCGAUCAAAUAAUUUUCUAUUUCAUUUAUUAUACUGCCCCUACAGUUACUAGACAUUUUCUAUGUAAGUGCUGUGUACUUCUUUAAGUGAUUUAUUCACCAUAAUGUGAUGCAUUUGUAACAACUUACGUUUGAUUGUGUAGUGGAUAAGUCGUUGAAGUACCUAAUAAAUAAAUAGACCUGUAAAUAGGUCAUGUAGACUUUAUUAAGUAUUGCUCUGAAGUAUACUCGGUGUAAUCCUUAUAAAGAGAUUUUUUUCUUAGAACAUACUGCCAGCCAAACUUGUGGCUACCAUUUACCUUCCUACGAUAGAGACAUAUCAUAAAACAGUAAGUCCCCGUCAUUCCUGUUAAAAAGUUAGCGAUAUUAGAUUAUGUAUAAACUUUUGUCAAGAUUUUCUAAAGAACUUUCUUGGCCGGCCGAAUCUUAUGUGUUUUGAACAUCGUUUUUCUAAUCAUUUAUUGAUCUCAGAAACGAGCAUCACAACAGUUAUUGUAUUUCUAUACAAACAUAUUUUGAAUGCUGUUAUAUAAAUAAAAAAAGAUUAAGGUGCUAUUUACCUAUAGAAGUAAUAUAUUAUGUACAUAGUACGUGAACAAAAAUGUAAAAAAUAUAUACGUAUUUUAUUACUUUAAGUAUUGUAUGACAAUAUUCUGUGUGUGUGGUGCAUAUUAAAGAUUAUAUUUUUAUAUAUUUUUAAUGAAUGCGAAUUGUUAUCCAAAGCAUUUAUUUUUAGUAGAUUAGUUUUUUUUUGUUUAAGUAUCCAUAGUAAUGUCAGAAUAUUUUUAUUAUAUACUCGUUUCUUGCCUUGAUUCGUGUCGGAUUUGGAUUUUUAUUGUAAUAAGCACUUUUCAACCACUCGCUGUGAUUAUAUUAACUGUUUCAAUGCAGUAAUUGGUUUAUUAUCGGUUUUUAAUAAAUUCUUAUACAUGCUCAACUUUGGUAAAAAUUGUUGUAUUAAACCAGUAUUUUGUUGUACGUAUGUAAAGUAUUGGAUUUGUAUUAUUUGUAGUAUUGUACUGUUGAAAAGAAAAAAAUAAAGUAAUUGGUUGAAUGGCAAAACUGAAUAAUGUAUUUAUUUAUUGUUUAGUGUCUUGCAAUUCGUCUACGUUGAUUUCGCUCUUAAAAAUUUCAUGGAAUUACAUCAAAUGCCUUGUGGAACGCAAAACUUCAGAUUAUUACUGACUUAAACGAGUUACUUUUUUCCUCCUGCUUCUUCCUGCAUCCUCAGAAUUUACUAUUAGUGUUGCUAUACUCUCGCGAGGAUAGUCUCAGUCGAGGCGUUGUUUUGCACAACACUGGGUUGACUUAUGCAAGUCAGAAUUAGGUAACUCGGUGGAAAAAGGUUUCGGCUCGCUCCUGUUGUUUUGCAAUCUUCGAAGCAAUUCGGCUAGUGUUUUAAUAAUGGGUCAGAAAGACGUCUCGUCUCUGAUAUUUCCUUCUAAAGAUCUCCCAUCCGUGCCUUAUUGCUCAAAAAUAUUAUUAAAACUCAUGAAAUUGCCACACUGCCAAAACUGUAUUUUUUAUACACAGGCUCCGAUUUAACGUACCCAGAAUUUGUUUGUUCUCUAUUGUAUAUUACUGUUACAAUUUUAGUAUAUUAUUUCCUCGUAUGUAUUACAAAAUUAUAUCUACUAUUUAACUUGGAAGUUAGUACCAAAGUUUUUCUGUGAAUAUAGUGAUCUGUUUGAUAUCUUACGGAAAAGAACCAAUCGAAUUAAAAGUGACCUUUGUACCUAAAUUGAUACAAAAAUUACAAUAAAAUUGUUUAUAAAGUUUCA